GUUUUGGAUAAUUUUAUUGAUGACACCUCUAUCCCGUGCAUAGUGGUCUACUUGGACACCAGUGUAACACUGCAAGUGGGAUAUUCCGUCCCCUCAAAGAUGGUGGAACAGCUGGACUAUUUUAUUCGUGAGCAAGGAGCUAUAGUCACACCAGAGACAUUUGAUCAAGUCAUACAGUAUGGGCACAUCUCAGGUGACCUCACCAAGUGUCUGCUCGAUGACAUGCUGAUGAUGCACGCCCCCGUUGUUGCCCUCAGCACUGACUGGGAAAAGAGCUUGAAAGACGCUUACACUGACAACAUGCAUUGCCAACUUCUCAACCUUACGGAUGAAGUGUACAAGAAAGUGGAUAGAAUAGUGCUGUACAUUCCAGCAGAAGGCCUUCUGCGCAGCCCUGAGGAGGCCUGCAAAGACAGGAAACUAGUUCAGAGAAUGGAAACUAUUAUGAUCCACUGGACUGAUCAGAUCAAGGAGCUACUGAACAGUCUAGAAUGGCCAAGAAAUGACAGAUAUGAGGGUCCACUGCAGGAGAUCACCUUCUGGGAGACUCGCUCUGCCAAGCUGUUGGACAUGAGCCAGCAGCUACAAAAGCCAGAGGUCAGCCACAUCCAAAGAAUCCUGCAGCUCUCCAAUUCUCUCUAUGUGCAACGCUUCUCCAAACUAGCCAAAGAAAUACAGGAUUGCUCUACGCAGGCUAAAUCAAACCUGGAGUACUUGUCCAUUUUAAAGGGGCCAUGUCAAGAACUUGCCAAACUCAAACCUAGAGACGCCAUUCCUAAACUGCCAGACAUUUUUGUUCGCAUCUGCACCAUCUGGCGCAACUCUGUCCAUUACAACACUGAGGAGAAGAUCAUUGGUCUGUUUCGCAAGGUGUGUGACUGUCAGCAUCAGUUUGCCCGUUGGGAAGAUGGUCAGCAGCAUCCUCUGCCAUGCAUGGGUUUUCAUGGACAAGAACACACCCGCUCCUUGUUGGAUUUGGAGCGCAUUUUCCACUGUGGUCUACAGAAGCUGCAUUCUGUGGACAAGGGCAUCCUGGAUGUGGAGAACACCAUGUGGUACAAUGAAUUCAACAGGUUUCAGGAGCUGAUAAAGGAUGUAGAAAGAAGAGUGCAGAGCCUGAUCAACUCGAUGUUUAAAUCAGUGAACAAGGUGGAGGACGGCGUAUGGCUGCUGGGCAUUUUCAGGCUAAUGUCCAGUCGAGAGGCUAUUAAGCGUACUACAGAUGAGAAAGCAGAGGCAGUGUAUAACCUUGCUAUCAAAGAGUUAAAAUUGGUGAACAGGGCAGUGAACCAGCCGUCUUUGCCUGACUAUAUGCCCAGACUAGCCGGCCACGCUCAUUGGGUGAUGGCCCUAAAACAUCGAUUAGAGAAACCCAUGGAGGUGCUUCAGAAUGCUUACUUCAUGCCGGAGUCAGACAGCCGCAAGCAGGUUUUUUUAACAUAUGGCCAGCUGGUCCAGGUUUUAGAUGAGACAGUGGGGCAGUACUAUAAUGAGUGGCUCCAGGGCUUAGAUGGACAGUGUCUACAGCGUCUGAAGCAACCACUCAUGACGCGCUUUAAGGACAACCCUGCCAUGCUGGAUGAAAACUUUGACAAAUACCUGUUGAAUCUGUUUUCUGAGAUCCACUACUGGGAUCAACUGAAAUUUGACAUACCCCAGAGUGUGUCCGACAUUUACCGGGACAAGGAUGACCUUCACAUCUUGAAGGAGAGAGUCCUGCAGGUGGUCAGGGGCUAUAACAGAAUCAUUUGGAUGCUCUCCCCUGACGAACUGGGCCUGUUUCGUGACCGAAUCGGUUUCCUAGACAGGAAAAUUCAACCAGGACUGAAUAAACACACAUGGUUAUCUAAAGCAGCUUCUACUGGUUUCAUCCGGGACUGUCUUCCACAUAUUGAGAAGGUACAGUCUAUUGUUGAUAGAUUUAAAGGAUCCAAUCUGUCCAUCUCCAACCUCUGUCACAAGAUCAGCGAAACACUGUUGAUUAGAUUGGAUGGAAAGACUGUUUACAGGAACUUAGACUUUGAGGAUGAACAGAAGGCUCACCAGAACAAGCAACUUGAAAAACUGACCUCAGCACACAAGGAUAUUGUUGAUAUCAUGACUGGCACCCACAACAUCUUUUCCAGUGAUGGUCCUGAGGUCCAGCAGCAUUGGGGGAAGUAUGCAGACAAGGUAGAUAACUUGAUCGAGAAGGCUUUCAGGAGCAUUAUCAAGCAGUCCAUGCAGAAGCUGUCCAGGGCCAUUAAUGGGGACGACAAGACCUCACCCAACCCUUUGUUCAAAGUCCUUGUAGCACUGCGCCAAGCUUCUCCCCAAAACACACCAAAGGUUGAAUUGUCCCCAACACUUGGAAAGCUUGCUGAACUUGUGAAUGUUCUACCUCAGCUCAUAAAACUCAUAUCUGAAUUUAAACGCCUUCCUGAACUUCUCUCCUACAAAAGUUCACACCGGAAUCCAAUUUACAUCAGCAUUGAGCAAGAUGAAGAAAUAAAGAAGAUUCAGGCAGCAGUUGCAACAGGAAUGACAGCGAAUGCCACCGUCCUUCAGUCCUACAUGAAGACCUGGGACAAAUACAGGGAUAUCUGGGAGAUAAACAAGAACUCUUUCAUACAGCGCUACAAGAGGCUCAAUCCACCAGCCACUUCCUUUGAUGCUGAUAUACAUGCGUACACUGAAAAGGCCACCAGUGUCCAGCAGGAGGAGACAGUAUUGAACAUCGGGUUUGUCUUGGUGGACUGCUCAAUGCUCAAGUUGUCUCUGGUGCAGCACUGCAGUGAUUGGCAAACUGAGUACACAAAGCUGCUCAGCUCCAUGGCAGGCAAUCGCCUCAGUCAUCUGCACGCUUUCUUCCAAGACAACGCAAACAGGCUAAAACAAACCCCCCAGACACUGGUGGAACUUGGCGACGCCCUGAAAAUCCUGGAGAGUCUGCAGGGUGAUUUGUCCAAAACAGAAGCUCAGAUUCCGCUCAUUCAUGAACAGUUUGCAAUCCUGGACAAAUAUGAAGUGCCACUGGACAUGGAUGUUCAGGACAUGCGCGAGAAGUUGGAUGGAGAGUGGGUGUGGUUUCAGCAGGUUUUGAUCGAUUCCGACGUCACCCUUCAGAAACACAAGCAGAAAUUUAAGGACGGUCUCAUUGUCUCAUCUGAGGAGUUCAGAAAGAAGAUCCAGACCACUGUGCAGGAUUUCAGUGGCACAGGUCCAUUUGACAGUGCACUGAGCUGUGAGUUGGCUUUAGAGCAGAUACAAGGGCACCGUAGCCAGCUGGAGGCUCUGAAAAAUGAGGAGAGCACCAUUCUUCAAGGCCUGAGCUUCUUCAACAUAGACCAGAAUCCUUCUAAAAGUAUCAUCACGCUGGAGAAGGAUGUAGACUACCUGCAGCAGGUCUGGGAAAUUACACAGGAGUGGAAUACCAGCUGGAACGCCUGGAAAGUCACUCAGUUUGCCACAAUUCAGACCGACAUCUUGGAGAACAAAGCACAGGCCGUGUUCAGAAAACUCCACAAACUCCAGAGAGAACUUAAGGACAAGGACUGGAACAUAGUGACUUUCUUAAAGAACAAAAUUGAUCACUUCAAGAAGCUCAUCCCUGUCAUUGCUGACCUGCGGAACCCAGCCAUGAGAGACAGCCAAUUCUGUGAUGAAGCGCAAACCUCAUUGACCCCAACCAGCUCUGACUUCACCUUGGAGAAGAUUGGAGUCCUAGGUCUUGACAGGUUUGCUGAUAAGAUCUCUAGGAUAUCUGGAGCUGCCAGCAAGGAGCUAACUAUAGAAAAGGGUUUGGAAGAUAUGACUAAGACAUGGGAGGACAUAUGCCUGGACAUCAUACCGUACAAAGAAGGCUACUACCAACUGAGGUAAGAAGAGUGUUUUCAAUCCCUGGAGGACAACAUGGUUAUUCUGUCAACAAUGAAGGCUUCUCGGUUUGUCAGAGCGUUUGAGCAAGAGGUGAACAGCUGGGAACGGCGACUGUCGCUGGUGCUGGAAGUUCUAGAGAUGCCUACCGUCCAGCGUCAUUGGAUUUAUCUGGAGAAUAUCUUCCAAGGCAAGGACAUCAGAGAGCAGUUGCACUCUGAGAGCAGAGAGUUUGAAGACAUAAGUUCUAGCUGGAAGACCAUUAUGAGCCAACUCCAGAAGAAUAACAAUGCUUUACAAGGAACACACCACCCCGGCUUGCUUGAGAAGUUGUCAGAAAUGUGUACCAAGAUUGAGAAAAUUCAAAAGGCUCUGGAGAUGUACCUCGAAGCCAAGAGGCAGAUUUUCCCGAGAUUCUACUUCUUAUCCAAUGAUGAACUGCUAGAAAUCCUUGGACAGCCCCAAAUCCUGCAAGCCAUACAACCCCAUCUGAAGAAGUGUUUUGACAACAUCAAACACUUGGAAAUAGACAAGGCAAGACAGAAAGUAUCAGACAAACAGCCAAAAAAGGGAGCUGUUGGGAUGUUCUCUGCUGAUGGGGAGUCUGUUCCAUUCCUCCAGCGGUUAAAUGGAUAACCUGUGGAGAUUGGGCUGUGUGACAUUGAGGAGGCCAUGCGUAGUACACUGAAGGAAUCUCUGAAGGAGUGUGUUGUGGAUCUGAAGAAAGUGUCAGGACAGAGAGACAAAUGGGUCAAAGCGUGGCCAGGACAAAUUCUGAUCACAGCCAGCCAGGUCCAGUGGACACAGGAUGUCACUAAAGCUCUUAUCACCUGCAAAGAAAGAGCUGACACUUCUUCUCUAGAGUCAGUGAAGAACAAACAGGUGUCUCUGCUUAUCUACUCAGAAAUCAUCCGUGGGAACCAGGCUGAAGUCCUGCGCCUGAAAAUGGUUGCUCUAGUCACGGUGGAGGUUCAUGCUCGGGACAUCAUUGAUAAGCUGGUCAAGGGAGGCUGCAGUGAUGUUAAUGCCUUUGACUGGCAGAGUCAGCUGCGACUGUACUGGGACAAGGUUCAGAAAGAUUGCAUAAUCCGGCAGACCAACACACAGUUCCGGUAUGGAUAUGAGUACCUGGGGAUCUCUGGACGUCUCGUCAUCACUCCACUCACAGACAGGUGUUACCUGACAUUGACUCCCAGUCUCCAUCUCCAUCGGGUGGGCUCUCCUAAAGGCCAGUGGAUCGGAAAGACAGAGACCGUGAAGGACUUGGGCAGAGCCCUGGGCCAGUGUGUGAUCGUGGUUAACUGCUCAGAGGGACUGGACUAUAAAUCCAUGGGCCGGACUGUUCUCAGGCCUCGCACAGUUAAGAGGAACGGGAAUGUGGGGUGCUUUGAUGAGUUUCACCACAUCAACGUGGAGGUGUUGUCUGUAGUGGCUCAGCAGAUCCUGUCCAUCCUGUCUGCCCUUUCAUCUGUGCAACCCACCUUCAGCUUUAAUGGACACAACAUUCGUCUGAUCCAGUCAUGUGGCAUCUUCAUCCCUUCGAACCCCGACUAUGCUUGUCAGACUGAGCUUCCAGAGAACCUCAAGUCUGUGUUCAGACCUGUCUCCAUGGUGCUGCCAGACUCAGCUCUUAUUGCUGAGAUUAUACUGUUUGGGGAGGGUUUCAACAACUCCAAGGCUUUGUCAAAGAAGUUGGUCACCCUCUACUCCUUAGCAGAGCAGCAGCUUUCUAAACAGGACCACUAUGACUUUGGGCUGCGUGCUCUUACCUCCUUGGUCCGCUAUGCUGGAAAGAAACGUCGCUCUUGCCGCAAUGUUCCUGAUGAAGAAGAAAUCCUGGUUCUGGCUAUGAAAGACAUGAACAUUGCUAAGCUCACCUCUGUAGACCUGUCACUGUUCACCGGGAUCAUCCAGGAUUUGUUUCCUGCUGUGGAAUGUCCUGAAAUGGACUAUGGAAAGCUUAAAGAGGCCAUCGAGGCAGAGCUUCAUCAAAGUGGUUUGCAGGUGACACCUUUUACUGUGACAAAGGUUAUUCAACUUUAUGAACCAAAAAUUCUCGCCCACUCGUCCAUUCUGGUGGGAAAGACAGGCAGUGGCAAGACUGUUACCUGGAAGACCCUGCAGAGUGCACUGAGUGCCCUCCACCACAAAGAUGAGCCUGGCUUCCAACUGGUCCAGGUAUAUCCUCUGAAUCCUAAGGCCAUGAGUCUGGGAGAACUGUAUGGUGGAAAAGAUCUGUUCACCAAUGAGUGGACUGAUGGAGUGCUUUCUUCACUCAUCAGAUCAACCUGUGCAGAUGAGAAGCCAGAUGAAAAGUGGAUUGUUGAUGGACCUGUUGACACGUUGUGGAUAGAGAGUAUGAACUCCGUUAUGGACGACAACAAGGUGCUCACACUCGUCAAUGGUGAAGAGAUCUCCCUGCCUGAACCAGUUGUUUUGUCACAGGUGUCUCUGCUUUUCGAAGUGGAGAACCUGGCGAUGGCCUCUCCAGCUGCAGUGUCUCGCUGUGGGGUGGUCUACAGCGACUACUCUGACCUAGGAUGGAAACCUUUCGUUCAGUCCUGGCUUGACAAACGACAAAAGGCUGAAGCGGAUCAUCUGAAACUUUUGUUUGAGAAAUAUGUAGAGAGCACAUUGACCUUUAAAAGAAACAACUGCAAGGACCCGACCCCUGUCACUGAACUCAGUGGAGUCGUCUCCCUCUGCCAACUCUACGACUCUUUGGCCACAUCAGAAAAUGGGAUUAACAUUUCUGACACAGAAAACCUGGGUCGAAUGGUUGAACUUUGGUUCAUCUUCUGCCUCAUCUGGUCCAUCGGCGCCUCAGUCAAUGAAGACGGACGUAAGAAGAUGGAUUUCUUCCUAAGAGACAUGGGGGGCACCUUCCCCAUCAAGGACACAGUUUAUGAGUACUACGUGGACACCAAGAAAAGAACAUGGGCUUCUUUUGAAGAAAAGCUGCCAAAGGGCUGGCGUUACAACACCAAUGCUCCUUUUUAUAAGAUUAUGGUUCCUACUGUCGACACCGUUCGCUACAACCUUCUUGUCAAGGCUCUGGUGAUGGCUCAGUACCCGGUGUUGCUCACUGGGUCAGUGGGCACUGGAAAAACAUCAGUAGCCCAGAGCAUCCUGCAAGGACUGGAUCAUGACAAGUGGACUGCCCUCACAAUCAACAUGUUUUCACAGAUGUCCUCCAAUAACAUCCAGGCGAUUGUCGAGAGUCACGUAGAGAAGAGAACAAAAAGUGAGUUUGUGCCAGUGGGAGGAAAGCGCAUGUUGUGCUUCCUGGACGACUUCAACCUGCCGUCCCAUGACCCCUGUGGUUCACAGCCGCCGCUGGAGCUGCUGCGCCACUGGAUCAACUACGGCUUCUGGUACGACCUUCAGAAACAGACCCCGAAGUUUGUCAAGAAUAUGUUUUUGUUGGCAUCGAUGGGGCCUCCUGGUGGUGGGAGGACUCACAUCUCCAGCCGUUUACUGAGUCGAUUCAACCUCAUCAACAUGACCAUCCCUAAUGAAUCCCAGAUCACACGGAUUUUUAGCAUCAUCAUCAAGCAGAAGCUGGAGGAGUUUAAGGAUGAGGUGAAACCCAUCGGGGAGGUUCUCACCGAGGCCACUUUAGAAAUAUAUCAUGCAGUUACUGCUCAUUUUCUCCCAACACCAGCCAAGACACACUACCUCUUUAAUCUCAGGGACAUAUCAAAGGUUUUUCAGGGUUUGCUUAGAGCUCAUCCAGACUACCAUGACACCAAAAACAGCCUCAUUAGACUGUGGAUCCAUGAGUGUUUCAGGGUUUUCUCGGACCGACUCACCGACCACAGUGACAGGGAGGCCUUUGUCAAUUUGCUAUCACAAAAACUGGGCCCGAUCUUUGACCUCACGUUCCACAGCAUCUGCCCCAACAAGCAGCCCCCAGUCUUUGGGGAUUUUCUAAGUGAGUCUCAUGUGUACGAAGACCUACUGGAUAUGAAGAGUCUAAAACAUUUCAUGGAGACACAAUUGGAAAACUACAAUUCGACACCUAGAGUGGUACCCAUGAGCCUGGUACUCUUUCGUGAUGCUAUUGAACACGUAACACGUGUGGUCCGUGUUAUCAGUCAACUCAGGGGUCAUAUGCUGCUGGUUGGCGUUGGGGGUUCAGGUAGGCGGAGUCUGUCUAAGAUGGCUGCGUUUAUCUGUCACUAUGAGGUUUUCCAGGUGGAAGUCACCAAGCAGGACUUCAGAGAAGACAUAAAAAAACUGUUCCGCAUGACUGGUGUGGACAACAAGCCCACAGUCUUCCUGCUCAGUGACACACAGAUCGUAGAUGAAUCCUUCUUAGAGGACAUCAAUAACAUUCUGAGCUUGGGGGAGGUGCCUAACCUUUACAAGCAGGAUGAGUUUGUUGAGAUCCAGUCUGAUAUAUUUGAAUCUGCCAGGAAAGACAAUGUGACAGAGACUCAUGAGUCCUUGUUCAGCUACUUGACAGAGAGAGUCAGGAACAAUCUGCACAUCAUUCUCUGUAUGAGCCCCGUGGGAGAAACCUUCAGAAAACACAUCCUCCGGUACCCAGCACUUGUCAGUUACACUACUAUUGACUGGUUCUAUGAGUGGCCCAGAGAUGCCCUGCUGGAGGUGGCUGAAAGCUGCUUAAAUGGACUUGAACUGGGCUCCACGGAGGGGAACCAGAUGAAAGUGGCCAAUAUAUUUGUUACUACACAUCAGUCAGUUGAGCAAGUCUCCCAAAGGAUGAAGUUAGAGCUACGAAGACAUAACUACGUGACUCCUAUCAAUUACCUGGAGCUGGUUUCAGGAUUCGAGAAGCUGUUGGCGGAGAAACGCAACGAGCUGGGAGAGCAGAUCAGCAAGCUACGAAACGGCCUCUUCAACAUCAAUGAUACACGGGAGAAGGUGGAGACUAUGACAGCAGAAAUGGAGGAGGCCAAGAAGCAGGUGGCUCAGUUCCAGCAGCAGUGUGAUACACGUUUGUCUGACAUUAUCCAGCAAAAACUAGAAGCUGACGCACAAAAGAAAGUAAGUCCCACAACAGGAAAAAAAUUGCAAAAGAGGAGAUAGAGUUUAUAGCAAAUGGCUGACAAUGCACAGAGAGACCUGGAUCAGGCCCUUCCUGCCCUGGAAGCUGCUAUGAAGGCUCUGGAGUCUUUGAAUAAAAAGGAUAUGACAGAGAUCAAGACAUAUGAUCGUCCCCCCGGACCAGUGGAGACUGUGAUGUACGCUGUUAUGAUUCUUCUGAACAAGGAGCCGACAUGGACUGAAGCCAAGAGACAGCUGGGUGAGGCCAACUUCAUUAAAACUCUAGUAAACUUUGACAAGGACAGUAUAUCAGACCGUGUGCUGAAGAAGAUCAGUCGAUACUGCAACCAGGAGGACUUCCAGCCAGAUAUCAUCGGCAAAGUGUCGCUCGCUGCCAAAUCCCUAUGCAUGUGGGUCAGAGCCAUGGAGGUUUAUGGGCGGGUCUACAGGGUCAUGGAGCCGAAGCGGGCUCAGCUGAACGCCGCCAGGACCCAGCUGAGUGAGAAACAGGCAGCACUCGCUGAAGAUGAGAACAAACUAAGAGAAGUAGGAGAGAAGAAGGAGCAGCUGGAAAAGCAACUCGCCGAGAAGAACAGAAUGAGGGACAGUUUGAAACAGAAGUCCGAAGAGAUGGCGGUGAAACUAGACCUCGCUGACAAACUGGUGUCUGGACUUGCCGGAGAGAAAGUCCGCUGGGAGGAAAGAGUGAAUGGCCUUGAGGAAAACAUGAAAUGCAUCGUAGGAGACUGUUUGCUUGCAGCGUCUUUUCUGUCCUACAUGGGUCCGUUCCCAUCUAACUAUAGAGAUGAACUUCUAACCAUCUGGAUGAAGGAGCUACAAGACUUGGAGAUCCCCUGUUCACCAGAGUUCAAUUUUGCAGAUUUUCUCUCCAAGCCCAUAGCAGUGAGGGAAUGGAAUGUUCACGGCUUACCUGCUGAUGGUUUUUCCACUGAGAAUGGAGUCAUUGUUACCCGUGGAAGUCGAUGGCCGCUGAUGGUUGAUCCUCAAGGUCAAGCACUGAAGUGGAUCAAGAAUAUUGAACUAAAAAGUGGGCUGAAAAUAAUAGACUUUCAGAUGCCAGACUACCUCCAGAUUCUGGAAAAUGCCAUCCAAUUGGGGAAUCCAGUUUUGUUGCAAAAUGUUCAGGAACAUUUGGAUCCCUCCCUUAACCCGGUUCUUAACAAGUCACUGACAAAGACAGAUGGCACGUUGCUGUUGAAGUUAGGUAAUAAGGAGAUCGAGUACAGGCCAGAGUUUCGUUUCUACAUCACCACAAAACUAUCCAACCCCCACUACACGGCUGAGAUUUCUACAAAGACUACUAUAGUCAACUUUGCUGUCAACAAGCAGGGUCUGGAAGCCCAACUGCUUGGUAUUGUGGUUCGAAAGGAGCGUCCAGAACUGGAAGAACAGAAGGACUCUUUGGUGAACAGCAUUUCUUCUGGCAAAAGAAGCCUGCAGGAGCUAGAGGAUGAAAUCUUGAGGCUGCUGAAUGAGUCCACUGGUUCACUACUAGAUGAUGAGCAGUUAGUCAACACCCUUCAGACCUCCAAAGAAACAUCUACCGAGGUCUCACAACAACUGGAAAGCAGCGAACAGACAGAGAAUGAGAUUGACGCAGCUAGAGAGGCUUAUCGCCCAUGUGCCCAACGGGCCUCUGUCCUCUUCUGCAUUCUGAAUGACAUGGCCCACAUUGAUCCGGUCUAUCAGUUCUCAUUGGAUGCUUACAUCAACCUCUAUAUUCACAGUAUCAAAAGUAGCAAGCGCAACAACAACCUAAACAAAAGAAUUGCCAUCCUCAAUGACUUCCAUACAGAUGCUGUCUACAGGUUCACUUGCCGUAGUCUGUUUGAGGCACACAAACUGCUUUUCAGCUUUCAGAUAUGUGUCAAAAUCCUGGAGGAGUCUGGCAAACUGAACAUGGAUGAGUAUGGCUUCUUCCUCCGGGGAGGACUUGUACUUGAUAAAGAGAAACAGAUGGAUAAUCCGUGUACCAGUUGGCUCCCUGAAUCCAGCUGGGACAACAUCCUAACCCUGGAGAAGUUGCUGAGCUUUCAUGGUAUCACGGCGUCUUUCGAGAACCGACCGAAAGACUGGAAUCUUUGGUUUACCAGUGCAGAACCAGACAACGCCACAUUACCAGGAAACUGGGAGAAUCACCUUAAUGAGUUCCAGAAGAUGCUGGUGGUGCGGUCUUUGCGUGAAGACCGAGUCCCCUUCUGCGUCACGUCCUUCAUUUCUAAAAACCUGGGCCCUCGAUUUGUGGAAUCACCUGAUCUUGAUAUGAAAGCUGUUGUUGAGGAGUCCACUUGCACAACUCCACUGAUCUUUGUUCUGUCUCCUGGCGUCGACCCCACGGCAGCGUUACGGCAGCUGGCUGAAGCCUCUGGCAUGAGCAGGGACUUCCAUGCACUGUCUAUGGGUCAAGGACAGGCCCCCAUUGCCAAAAACCUGAUCAAGAAUGGUGUCAAGAAUGGUCACUGGGUAUUCCUUGCCAACUGCCACCUGUCUCUGUCCUGGAUGCCUGAGCUGGAGAAGCUGGUGGAGCAGCUGGAAGUUGAGAAACCACACUCAAAUUUCAGACUUUGGCUCAGUUCUUUACCACAUCCUGAGUUUCCUAUAACCAUCCUGCAGGCUGGCAUCAAGAUAGCCACUGAAACCCCCAAGGGUGUGAAAGCCAACAUGAAGCGUUUGUAUAAGCUGGUGACGGAGGAGCGAUUCAACCAAUGUUCCAAACCUGCCAACUACAGGAGGCUGCUCUUCUCCCUGUGUUUUCUUCAUUGUAUCCUGAAGGAAAGGAAGAAAUUUCUUCAGCUGGGCUGGAAUAAAAUCUACGACUUCAGUGAUUCUGACUUUGAGAUGAGUGAGAAUCUACUGAGUCUGUACCUGAAUAAGUCUGAGGAGGUUCCCUGGGGGGCUCUCAGGUAUCUCAUUGGAGGGGUUAACUAUGGAGGUCAUGUGACAGAUGAAUGGGACAGACGUCUUCUGACCACGUACAUCAAUGACUACUUCUGUGACGCUGCUGUGGAGCAGCCUCGCUUCAAAUUGUCGUCCUUAACCUAUUACUACAUCCCUGCUGAUGGCUCCUGGUCUUCAUACAUUGAACACAUCACCACCCUGCCUCCCACAGAGCAGCCUGAGGUGUUUGGCCUCCACCCUAACGCUGAUGUCACCAGUCGGAUUGUUGAGACCAGGACUUUGUUGGACUCAUUGCUCUCUCUGCAGCCCCAGGUCACCAGCCCCUCAGUACCGGGAUCGGGACUGAGUCAAGAGGAAAAGGUAUUAGAAAUGUCGGCAGAUGUUCGACGGAAUAUCCCAGGACUAAUCGACCAUGAGGCGACCAGGACCGUCCUACAGGAAAACCCUUUGCCUCUUAAUGUGGUUCUGCUGCAAGAGAUGGAAAGAUAUAACGCCCUGCUGGACACCAUUAUUUCGUCCCUCACUGAGCUGGAGAAAGGAAUCAGGGGCUUAGAGUUAAUGUCACCCAGCUUGGAGGAAAUGUUCAGCUGUAUCUAUGAUGCCCGUGUACCGCCGCUGUGGGAGAAGGUGUAUCCCUCUGUGAAGCCUUUGGCCUUGUGGACCCGGGAUCUUUGUCAGCGAGUGGAUGAGUUCACCCAGUGGGCAAAGACGACUCAACCGCCCAACGUGUUCUGGCUCUCCGCCUUCACCUUCCCAAACAGCUUUCUCACCACCGUACUGCAGUCCUUUGCUCGGCAACACAAUGUCUCAGUGGACACACUGUCUUGGGAAUUUCUAGUAUCAUUUGCAGAUGAGGGCAGCAUCCUUUCCCCAGCCAAGGAUGGAGUGUUUAUCCGAGGUCUGUACCUGGAGGGGGCCAGUUGGGACAAGAAGAACUCCUGUCUGGUGGAGGCUGAACCCAUGCACAUGGUUUGUCCUAUGCCUGUCAUCCACUUCAAACCUGUGACCACCCGUAAAAAGAUGGCAAAAAAUACAUACAUGUGUCCGUGUUACUACUUCCCGGUGCGUUCAGGUCGAGCAUCUUUUGUGAUCGGUGUCAAACUCAGUUCUGGAUCUGCAACUCCAGAGCACUGGAUCAAGAGAGGCACUGCUCUGCUCCUGAGUCUGGACAGUUAAGGCCUGCAGACACACUCUCAGAUGUUUGACACAGCAGUUUGUGUUGUUACUGCUGGUAUUUGUGUAUUUUUGUUCAAAUAAAGACUUGGAGUCUCUUUUCAUUCUCUUCUUCAUAGUCACAGAUUAUUUACUUCUUCCUGUAGAUUUACAUCACUUAUUUCCACGUGUUUAAUUUGGGUUCUCUUGAGCUAGGAGUUUAGUGUUGUGGCUCAAAAGAAGUGACUAGAGUUGGGCAAAAAACAUUAACUAAAUUUAACU